AUGGCAGAAGUAGGAGACAUAGAAGAAAAAGGUGGAGUUCGGACUCAUGGGAGUCGGGUGCUCUUCAUGGACAACAAGAACGUCGAACAGUACAAGGAGAGCAGCCAGCUCUCCUUCUACGAGCAGAAGCUGUACCUGGAAGCAAAAGCAGAGGAAAAUGACGUAUCCUUGCUUCACAAAUUCACUCUGAUUCUGACUGGUGCAUUUUGGCUUCUAUUCAGCAUCACAUUCGUCUGGUUGCACCAGAAACUGUUCAGUAGCAUCGGAACUGAUUCGUAUGAGAAUGCAAUGGGAUGGGCAGCAGCCAGGGACAUUGGAAUUGGCUGUGUUGUUUAUGUGCUGAUUAUUGGGGGAUUGAGACUGUUUUGUAGGAGAAUGAGAUUUAGGUGA